CUUGACUCCCUCAUUUCCAAACAAUCACAACCCCAUCUUCAGUCUGGCAGGAUCUUAUCUCUGUCUCCCUUCGUAGAGGACGAGGAGAUGGCGAUAAAGUGAGUUACUGCAUAUUUGAUUAUUGGGCCUUUUCCAUUUUCAAACAGCAGCCAUGUGGAAAAUACCAAGGAGUUUUUCACUCACUGGUAGAUUGUGUUGCUUUCCCAAGGAUCCGCUGGAGGAUGUUGAGACUUGGAGUGAGUCAGUGGACAAACUCCUUGGUUGUAAAGCCGGACAGAUAGCUUUCCGGGAGUUCCUGAAGUCCGAGUACAGUGAGGAGAACAUACUGUUUUGGCUUGCCUGUGAGGAGUACAAAAAAAUCAAGACGAUCCCAGAGAUGAUAUCAUCUGCCAACAGAAUCUACUCAGAGUUUGUCCAAACAGAAGCACCCAGACAGAUCAACAUAGACUGCACUUCCAGGGAGAACAUAACCAAGAACAUCUCCAAGCCGACGCUGACUUCGUUUGACACAGCACAGAAGCUCAUCUACAGUCUGAUGGCCAGGGACUGCUACCCGCGCUUCCUAAAAUCAGAUAUCUAUCAGGGACUCCUGAGGAGAAAUGAUUCAACGUGACUGUUUUAAAGCUGACAGGCUGACAGCAACAUCUUCUCCCCAACUCUGAUCUGCUGUAGCACUCUUUCAUUUCAGUGUGGAUAACAGGUUUAUCAUACAAUCCAGGCCCUAAAUGUAGCACAAAUAACUUUUUUUUUUCCAAGCCGUGUGAUUCAGUAGAGUAGACGGGUGCAGCUCAAGGGGACACAAGCUUUGUAUUAUACUGCAUGUCUUUAAUGAUGUUAAUUUCAAUUUCUUUACCAUAUAGAGUUUGAAAUAAAAAAUGGAAAAAAAAAUGGAUGAUUGUAAAGUAUUAUGAACACCUUAUUAAACUGAUUAUUCAAAUGUAGGUCAUGUAUGCUUUUUAGAAGUUUAACCUUAAAAUGUGUGAGUAUAGUGUUAAGUGCUCUUUGAAGUUUACCUUAAUAAAUGUGUUGUUAAACUUUA